AUGAGUACUACUAAUAUAAAACAUAAUCAAGAUUCCUUAAAAAUGGCAACCGUCGAUCAUUUUCACAACAAUAUUCACAGUAUUCCAGAUUCUUCUGUACCUGUUCCGUAUGACUAUCAUACCCACAAUCAUCAUCAAAAUAGCUAUGGUGACAACUACUUGUUAUUCAAUCCCGAUGAUAACGAUUCUUUAUUGGGGCAGGAGCGAUUGUCUGCUUUGGGGAAAAGACUGAUGCAUUAUGAGACUAUGUUUCAUAAUCUAAACAAUAAAAUGGACCAAAGCUUUAAAAAAUACGACACAAUAAUACAAUCGCAGCAAAAACAAAUCAUCGAGCUGAGUUCCACCCUCUCAAUUCUUUUAAAUGAUCAAAUAAAGGGCGCUGGUCCUUUAAAAGAAAAAUUAUCAAGUACUAGCACCACUGGCAUUUCCUCUCAGAUAGCAUAUCUUGAUAAUACACCUCAAUAUCAUCAUCAUAAUCACCAUAAUAAUCCUCAACAGUAUCAACAGACAGAAGUGUCUAGUAUGAUAAACAAUACUCAUAUUUUAUUUAACGCACACAGCACAGAAGAUCUUUUGCAAGAGAUUUUAAGCAAUGAAACUUCUAGUAUUUCUACUCCAAUCACUGUCACUGGAACAAAUCCAAUAGGGGCCCAGAUCGAUUUUCAGAGUCAAAAUGUUCCAAUAGAUAUGAAUGCAUCUUUUGCUAAAGAGGCCUACGAUCCUUUAAAUGGUUCGAUUGAAAAGUAUCCUAAUACUGCCAGUCAUUCAAAAGAUCUUCCGAAGCCUCAUAGCAACAACAAUAAUACUGAUUCCAUUGUCUUGGAUAGACCUUUGGGGCGCAAUACUGGCGUUCAAGUCAACAGUAUUCCAGCUUCAAUGACCCACAAUGAAAAAAGGAUAAGAAAAAUUAGGUAUCAAGCAAACGAAUCUCUGAAAGAAUUAAAACCAAUCCAUCAGUUUAAAUUUAUUAGAUCCCCUCAUUCGGUGAAGGAAAUAUGGCAAGAGUAUGCUGAGGGUGUCAAAGGACAGCCAUCGGUGAAAGAAAUGGACUCACGUUAUCAUUCUGCCUGGAGAAAGGACCCUGCUGUUAGUAAAAGGUAUUCUAGACGUAGAGUCCUAUGUAAAGCUAUAGAAAAUGGAUUAACCAAGGGCUAUGAUUUAGAGACCGUUAUUGAACUUUUAGAAAAUCAUAGAAUAAUGGAUCAAGGAAGAGGUACAAAACAGCCACUAGGGUGGCUUUGUCAACCAUCAAACAUUCCAGAAACUUUCAAAUAA